CGUCUGCGAGAGGGCGAGCUCAGCGUACAUGCGUGGAAUCUCUGCAGGGCUCGGAGAAAGCCACAUAUCCAGUGCUCAGGACUUCAUAUUUUGACUUUCCUUUUUAUGCCAGAGGGAUUCUGACUGCUGUAAAUAUUGUAGAAUACCUCCCAUUAUGUGAUUCUUUUGAGUAAAUACGCACGGUGAAGACGCGGGUGCAUCUUACGCACAAAUAUUUGUCCACACAUCCUGCAUAUAUAUAUUAAGGAGUUUGGUUAAAGUUCCGUUCCAACAUUUUUUUUAAAUAAGCGCAAAUGAAUUGUGUUUUGGUCGCAUGACAAGAAGAGUUUUUUGUGCGUAAAAUGGACUUGGAAGAUCUUCCGUGGAGGAUGCGAGGGAGCUAGCAGUGACACACAAACCCAGAGACGCAGCGGAACCACCGAGACCCCUGAAACGUGUGUCAUGGCUUCUGCACUGGACGGCGGCUGCUCCAUGGAGUCGAGCAGCUGGAAUAUCAGCGGCCCUUCCAUCCCCUGCAACCAGAGCGUCCAAAAUCUCGCCCCCUACUCUCCUGAGGCGACAGCAGCCUUUGCCACUGCCAUCACUCUCAUGGUGUGCUUCACCAUCGUCGGGAACAUCAUGGUCAUCAUAGCUGUCCUCACCAGCCGGUCCCUGCGAGGUCCACAGAAUCUUUUCCUGGUGUCUCUCGCUGCUGCAGACAUCCUGGUGGCCACACUCAUCAUCCCCUUCUCUCUAGCCAAUGAACUCCUGGGUUACUGGUACUUCAAGUCCCUGUGGUGUGAGAUCUACCUGGCUCUGGACGUGCUCUUCUGCACCUCCUCCAUCGUGCAUCUUUGUGCCAUCUCUCUGGACCGCUACCUGUCCAUCUCCAGAGUGACCUAUGGCCGCCAGAGGACCCCAAGACGCAUCAAAGCUGCCAUCGUCGUGGUCUGGCUCAUCGCCUCCAUCGUUUCCUUCCCUCCUCUGCUUUCUCUGAACAAAAGUGAGGCAGGAGACCUUGAGAAUGCCAGGGGACCCCAAUGUCAGCUGAAUGAUGAGAGUUGGUACAUCCUCUACUCCAGUCUUGGGUCCUUCUUUGUCCCCUGUCUCAUCAUGAUCCUCGUCUACAUAAGAAUCUACCAAAUUGCAAAGCAGAGGACUCGGUGUCCCCCUGGAGAGCCCCGAAAAGAUGGUGUCGGCUCUGCAACCCCAAGUCAGCCCCCUCGGCACAAGCAGGCAAACGGAAAACCAGAUGAGGAGAGCACAUCGCCUUCAUCCAGCAAAACCUCAAACACCAGACCCCCAACCCUUGCCAUUACUCCAUCUCCGUCAAUGGGAGACGCCCAAACCGCCCAGGGCCCCACCACAAACAAUCUGCUUCAGCCUCCAUCCAGCUCUCCGGUUGUCUCACCGGUUGCAAGCUCAGUGGACACCAAGUCUGCCUCCACCAAGACUAAAGACGGCAAGAAGGGAAAGCGCAAGUUUGGAAAGAAGGCGGACAACAACAAUGGCGACAGUUCCAGCACAGACAGCGACCUUGAGAACAGCAUCGGCGGAGGCCAGGGCAGUGCCAGCAUGCCUGGCUCACCUGCAGGAGGCGGAAUACACUCCCCAGCGUCCGUCCAUAAAUACCGAGAUAUGAUCGCCACUACGAAAGGGGCUCGACUGAUGCCAGGGCGGAAGUCCAAAAUAGACAACAAUCCCGGAGCAGCGAGGCGCAAAGCCAUGGUCAACAGGGAGAAACGAUUCACCUUUGUGCUGGCUGUGGUCAUCGGGGUUUUCAUGAUAUGCUGGUUCCCGUUCUUCUUCUCCUACUCACUUCGGGCUCUGUGUCCCCAAACCUGUGCCAUCCCUGAACCCCUCUUUAAGUUCUUCUUCUGGAUCGGAUACUGCAACUCCUCGCUCAACCCAGUCAUUUACACCAUCUUUAACAAAGACUUUCGAAAUGCUUUCAAAAAGAUCCUGUGCAGAGGAACAAAAGGCACCUUCUUCUAGCCCACUCACAAACCAUGCAAACGGCCGGUCAACAAUUUCUGAAGUGAAAUAACUUCCAAUCAGAAUUCCAAAAGGGCUGUUCCCAUUCCAGCAUAAACCACAGAAGCGAGAGCCAUUCUUCGACAGCCAUAUGCGUAAAUUGCCAACCAAGACUGCAAGGUCUGCGCUCAAAGCAGAGAACGACACGAGUGUGAGCACCGUCUCAUGAACACUGAAAUGCCAUAGGAACUGAGCUUCUGGACAGCAACACGAUGCUAAGAUAUUAAUGUAUUUAACAUUCUUGUAUUUCUACAUGAAAUGGACUAUCAGAGGAAAGGAUCAAAUAAAAAGUGACCUUAGAUUCCUGCGAGCCUAAGGCCGUUGGUUUAUCAAUACAGAGCACAAGGCACACACAAGGUUAGUGGUGAUUUCUUACGUCUGCAGUCUUAAUUCGCCCAGCUGCAGGGGAAACAUGUGUUCCUUGAUUUUUAUCUGAAAGCACAACAACAAGAGGCCUCUGUGAUUCUCAGAUGUAAAAAAAAAGUCUUGAAAUUAUGAGGCAACCAGCCAAGUCUGGCACCUCUACUCGGGUACAAUGGACAAUGUGUGUAUCCCAGAACAUUGGGAUUUAUGGAAGUUUAUCUGGACAGAGAUUGCUUCUACUUAGAGUUUCUGAUUAUCAACCAUACAAUUUUGGAAUUUUUCUUCCAAUGUCUGUGGCUGAGAUGUGCUUUUUUUGAGUCAAGGUUUAAUACUUGUAUCAAGUUUUAUGGACAGGCUUUUGUUUCUCUGAAAGUAGCAUGUCACUGCGCCGCCAGGGUCAUAUUAAUAUAUACAAUCAUAUAGUGUUAUAAGUAUUCCAAAAACAAAAUACUAAGUGAAUUUUGAAACAUUUAAACUGAUUCCUGGAUUUAAAGAAAGGACCUCACUGUUUGGAGCAUCUUCAUUGGGGUUAUCUACUGCAUCUCACAGGUGGUGCCAUUGGCAGCAGCUUCUUUUUUUUGUUUUUUUUUGCAUGUGCACAUUAUCUGUAUUCCUCUCAAGCAGGUUAGCAAUUACAAAGGACAGAUGAACAAUGCACACGCUCAUUACGUCUUGCGGAUUCAUGCGAGGACUAUUUAUUUGGCUGAGUCACUCUUAAGUAACACUCUUGGUGCAUCAUCGCCUGCAGUGGACCUUGUCAGGGCACAUGUGGCUUGUUUGUCGGCGGCGCCAGAAUACAAUGCUACUUUUUCUGCCAGACACUGUUUCCUUGACAAAGAAUUGUCCGUAACUGUGAAAAGGCGUAUUCACUCACUGGGACAAGGGCUGUCAGCACCAACCCUUCCACGGGCUAAUUGGCUAAUUCUGCUGACCUGCGUGAUUGUGUACGUGCGUGCUUGCAUAUGUGUGUGUGCUGAGAGGUAGUGCCUCACCUGGCUGCUGUGAAAUGCGGAUCUACCGUAACGACUGAAUCGUUGUUGUCAUGUGACGUUUCUGCUGUACAGAACAAUCAAGAGUGAUUCUUGAGAAACAUUUCCUGGACAUUCAGAGGCUCCAUAGUGACCAAUCUCAAGGGACCAAAGUUUUAUGGACCACAGUCUCACCUGGGAGGUGUAUGCCUGUGUUGCAGGUCUGUUUUCUGGUUGCACCAAAGCGCAUUGCAUUUACUUAAAACACAUAGCACAACGUUCCAUGAUGUGGAGAACAUGUUGGGGACCAUGUUUGAGCCAAACCAGGGUGAAUUGAACUGGGCAUCAUUCCUCAAUUUUUCAGAGUGAAUGUGGAGUUUAAAAUGGUCCUAUCCAAAAUAAUCUGUUCACUUUUCAGGAAUAUUUGCAAUUAUUUUUAAAAAAUGUUUUCAUUACAUUAGAUUAUUAAUCCUUCAAUUGUUAGGGGUGAUAUAAAAUGGCUAACUCUUCAUGUGCGAUACAGUGUGAUGCAUUCAAGUGCAUUCAGGCCCAAAGGGGUGGUGUACAAAAAAAGGUUUAGCACUUAAAAAUGCAUGGAUUAAAAAAUAAUAACUGAGGUCUGUCUGUUUUAAAUGAUUAAAACUACAGUGCGUACAGUGAAAAAAACAAAAAUUCAAGAAAAGGAAAAAAAAAAUAUGAUGAAGUGAGUGCAAUACGCUUUCAUAUUUGUAAUGGAGGAAACGAUUGAAGACUGUGUUAUUUAUUUCAAACUGUUUCGUCUAUAGCCUAUCUAUUGUGACAGUGGAGCUGAGUACCAGAGAUUGGAAAGCAAAAGCACUGCACAGAUAUUUUGUACCUCUAAGAGCCUUGUUGAAAAGCUUCAUCAAGCUCUUGAGUCGCGUUUAGGCCUGCAGGGAGAUUUAUUUUGUGUAAGGACUUUGAGUUAUGUGCAUAAUGCAUAACCUGUGAUGCAACAUUUGUCAUUGGUGGUUCAUCUUGUGAGAGCUAGAGUUACACUGUUUCAUCAGAAAUGUCAGUGCAUUGAUGGAUUUGUCAAGUCUGCGCUGAGAGAAAUCUCUCAUCUUACUUUUCCUGAAUAUGUAUCGGAAACUGUCAAUAGUGCUCGCAGAAUGGCCGCUGGGUUUCAUGGGAAAUGCUGCAGUCACAAUCGAACAGUCGAUCAAUGAAUAUAGCUGAGUCAGCAUGUAUUGAAGAGUUGCACUCCAACUACUUCAUGCGCUCAGAUGGCGGUGUUUUUCUUGUUUUGCUGGAAGUAUGACGUAUGGAUUAAAGGUAACAGGUGCUUUGUUUUGCCUCUCGACUGAAAAUACUUCCUUUGGAUUUAACUAUAUCCCGUUUCUCAGAGUGUACGGUCUGUACCAUCAGAGUCUCAUAUACCACCCAUCUGUCAUCUGUUUCAGUUUGAGA